CCGACGACGCUGUUGUCGCUAUCCAUCAUCUUAAUCCUCUAUGAUUGCCGAUUUUCAUAUUGCUUUUUGUGCACGAGAUAGACACCACGCUUAUUAUCACGUUAGUAUUAUUCUUCGAAUUUCUGAGGUUUUCUUUAUCACCAUGAACAAGAGAAAGUCCGCUGAACUGCGGAAGGUGGAGAAGAAGAUGAAGAAGUAUCAGCGGAUCCUCAAUUUUUGGCAAUGGGAGUCGGCGGAUGGGAUUGAGGUUAGCCUACCCAUGUCGUCGCCCACCCUGGAUCUCGCAGAUUUGGUACAGGAAAAAGAGAAUGUUCCAGAAGACUUCUCUAUUGAAUCGGAUGAGAGCGCACAGAGCUCAAGUUUGUCACAAGAUUCAGAGUUACAUUUACUUUUGCAUGAGUCCGCUGUUGGAGACAAUACCUUGUCAGAUCUCAGACUGACUCUGCCCAUCUAGGAUCCUACUGUGUUAGAAUCAGAAUCA